CAAGAUGUGCCGGAGCGGAUCGUUGUUUUCUUCUAACAGCACGUCCUGGUUUGUCGUCUGUUAUUCCUGGCAUAUCUAAUACGCAGCACUAUAAACAUUAGAAAACUCACGGGAGAUUAAAAAAACGCCACAUUUCUGCUACAGUUAAGUAAAAAGUGAUGACAGCUUUAAUCGCGUUCACGCGGCAACCCAAGCCGACCGAAACUCCAAACCCUUCGAGCAAACAGUGACGUAGUCAGACGGAGGUGAUGAACUACACAGCCUGUGUGAAGCUUCCCCCUGGCAUUACGUACAAGACAUACGGCAUAAUUAGCUGGACAGAGAACUCUCCGAGUCCGAGAACCAUUCAUAGAUCUUUACAGAGUCACUGCAGUGAUUCAGAGCCACUCAUGAGAACGUGAUAAACAAAGCAGCGCAUUGAUGUUAUCUCUCUCUCCUCAAGGUCAGCAAGAGGGGAAUUUGAAAUGCCAUAAGAUAACGACUACGUGCUGGAAAGCAUAACGAGGCAGCGAACGUGUGCGGGAGAGAUGAGUGAGCUUCCACGAGUGAGGUUAAUAGCAGGCGGUAACGGCGUAUCGGUUUGUAGGAGGGAAACGCAGGAACCGGCGUGAUUAGAGGUAUCGUUAAAAGUCAACGAGACAUCAUGCUGACAGUCGAGCUAUUACGCUUGAGCACUCGAGUUAUAAAAUGCUGAACGAGAACAUGUUCUCCUGACACAAUCUUUUCGUUCCGCUAAAGGAAUAGCUCUUUAGAGCAACGUGCGUUUUAAUCGUCCGCCGUGGAAAAAAAACGAUACGCGGCCGUUUCGACGAUUUACGUCGUCGCGAGGGCCGUGGCGUCGGUUAUAUAGAGGGUCCGUCUGUUUAAGAUGUUAUUCACUGGUUUGAAAAUAUACAGUAAGUGAUGUCAUUACAUCUCCUCGCAUGUCCGUUCCUUUCUGUCGAUCAGAGCGUGUCCUGGCGUCCUCUGGAGAUCUGACAAAAGGCCCGAUCUUGCAUACCGAGGAUCGCCAGAGAACGCAAGACGGAAUCUCGGCUUCGGAAGACUCGGGCCACGCUGUCAAGGCAAGUCCACCGUGGAAAUUAGUCUGAAAAGUGUUCUUUCUCGGAUUGGAUUCUUCGUCCGCCGACCUUCUCGAUGUCGUCACGCUCUGCAGUUUGACGAAUUCCACCUCAUGGGAUAAAACGUCCUGCGUUCGACGUGGUUUCACCUGAAGAAAAAUGCUCUUAAAUGCCUGUCAAGUCUGUUUAAUUUGAUGAUUUGAAGAAAAUAUGAUUUUACGGCGUGCCAGCGUGGUUUUGAGACUUGACUGAAGAUUUCAGCAAUAUAUAUAUAUAUAUAUACACACACACACGAAGCGUGACUUUCUUUCAGUUUUCUCAGCUGGAUUGCUGAGGUUUGCGUUGUUAUCAAGGAUACGAUCAUGGUGAUGUCGCAGGGUACCUACACGUUCCUGGCGUGCUUUGCCGGAUUCUGGCUGAUUUGGGCGUUUAUUGUCAUGGUUUGCUGCUUCUGCAGCUUUGUGCAGCGUAAACUGAAGCGACGGCGUGAGGAAAGGCUGAGGGAGCAGUGUCUGAGGGCCUUGGAGAUGGAGCCUUUGGAGUGUACAGGGGUAGGAUACCCGCCGAGAGAACCUCCUCAGUUCUGCCCACCACCUCAAAUGAUGUCUCCGCAGCUGCCGGUCGCCCACACGAUUCCUCAAGGCAACUGGACACCACCACCAGCUCCCAUUCUCCCGGUGGAUAACGAUGCCUGUGGAAAGCCGCCUUGCUACGAGGAGGCCGUUCUGAUGGAGGAUCCUCCUCCUCCUUACAGCGAGGUCCUUGCCGAUCCCAGAGGUGGAACGUACACUAAACCCGUCCUGAGGUCCUCCAGGGACCACCAGGAGUCCGAGACCAGAAAGAUGGCGCCCGUGACUGUGUUUUCCGAGCGUGGUUACUCGUCGCUGAUCCGCUUGCCCUCGGCCAGGCGCUGGGACUCGCUGGACCACCUGCUCUCCAACGUGGACCUUAACCACUCCAGCAUGGCGUUGGAGCCGCACGCCUCGGCCAUGGCCACGAUGCCACGCGACGGGCGUGCUCACAUAGACUUGGGCCUGCGUGGCCUACGACCUCUGGACCACAGCUAUGGACUGCCCACUGCUUUCCCUCUGCUGGGACGAAGCACGGCGGUGUGAAUCUUCAUUUUUAUAUGUGACACUUUACGUGGAAAAUUAUCAGCCCUUCCUGCAGGGUUAUAUUGAUUUGGUGAUUUAUUUAAUUUUUUUUUUUGGUGAGAAAAGCUUCUCAGAAGGACCCGAAAGACAUUUCCUCUCGAUCUUUUCUUCUCGAGCCGAAGAUCGUAUGACAGACGUUAUUUCUCCAGCUCUCUUUCUUUCUUUCGCUGUGUGGCGUCCCUGCCUGAUGCAGAGCAGUAGCUAUUAUGUGAGCAUUGUUGCCAUGGUUCCUGGGCCUCUCUUCUUCCCUGGUUUUUUUUUUUUUUUCAUCUCGACAGCCUUGGACUGAUGUAAAAUAAGCAGGAUGAAGAAUGAAGUUCUGUUUUGUAAACUAGAUAUAACACAGGGCCACGGCAUAGCACAACAUUCAUGGUCUGUACUGUAUCCAUAAUCACAGCCUGGGAGUCGGAGAGUUUCAGAACAGUGGUGUACCGUCUGGACCAUUCAACUCCUCAUUUAGCGUUUUUAACGUUUAAGUGUAAGGAGACCCAUCACUCCUUAUGGCUUUCGUUUUCGACAGACAGCCUCUUUUCAGGGCAGCAAUUAGUUCACUUUGCAUACUGUAAUUGAAUCAGCGGUGCUCCAAAACGAGGUUUCAUUACGACAUGGACGGGAUUCGUUUCGUAAAAACAAACAAAACAAACGAACGAUCAUAAGCAACUGUACUGGUGCAGUCUGACUCUCAGACUAGGUUCAUCAUGCUGCUGAAGUGUACAAAAUGUACGGUAUAAACUGUGAAAAAUGACCUUGCUGCUCUGACGAGGUAAAAUGUUGUUAUGAAAUACACAAAUCUGCACAAGUUUUUUUCCCUCGCCAUAGAAGGAUCUAUAUAUAAAUAUAUAAGGUAAAACUUUUCUUCAGAAUAAUUACAUGCUCUACAAGAAGAACAGAACAAUUUGAACCGUCUGGUGUCUUGUUCAUUUGCCUGAAAUGUCUCCUGCAGCUUUUAACUCACCGGCACAUGCGGGUAAAAAAACGAGAGACAACCGUUGUCGAGUUUAUUUAUUUAUUUAUUUAUUUAUUUACUUAUUUCUGGUCUUCUUGUCAGUCUCUGUUUAAAAACUUUUUUUUUUAUACUGACGCAUUUAUCGUGUCCCAGUUUGUUUCCCGGUUUGUCACGACUUCACCUCACUUUUAAAAUAACGCGCAUUUCCACGUGCGUAAGCGUUUUUCCUUUUUCACCGUGUAUUUCGGCCGUUUAGCUUCCUUUCCUCCACAGACGAUCUUUCACUUCCCAGAUUCGUACGUGUCCGAGCGAGCGAUUUCAGUUUCUUAUUUACGUCGUGCCACGGUAGUCAUUUGAAUGUAUUUGUGUAUCGCUUUGGGUUGGACGAACAGGUCUAAUUUUGAAAUGGGGAACUCUUUGGGAGUCGCGGUGACUAUGAUCUAAUUUGCUAACGCAGGCGGUGUUUCUUCAGCGGGCUGAACGCUGCGUGCGUAAAAGCCUCGAUUUCAUUUCGACAGAAUCGUCUUCUAUUGCCGUUUAGUCUCGCCGCCCCUCGCUCGGCUCUCUCCGCCUCAUUCAUCCUAAUGGCUGUCUUUGUCAACG